UUUCCAAAGACUUCUUUUCACUUGCUUCUUUGCAAAACUGGCUGGUGCUGAUGCUGGCUUGGAAUAAACCUGAAUAGUGUACAAUUACAGAUCUGUGUCAUCUGGAUUAUUGUUAAAUUAUAAGGACUCCGUUAAUUUCUUCUUUUAUCACAGAGUCGAUUUUUAUGGCUUUUGAUAAUUCCCUUGUUUGCAUUUUUAUUAGGUUAAGCUUAACAUAUUUUUUAUGAUCACGGGGCUUAUUAUGUAACUUUAGGUAAAUGUUAAGAGUUUUGUCAAGUACACUGUUUAUGGCUAAGUAAACAUUCAACCGGAGGCAAUAUCACCCGAUUGGGAAGUAAUUUUUUUUUAUUGCGGGAAACUAUAUUUAAAGCCAAUGACUGUAGGAUCUCUAAUAUGAUACGUUGCUUCUCUUACUAGCUCUAGAGCCAUUAAAGUUAGAAGUGCUUAUGGCUGUUCACGGGUUUGUGAAGAUCGUGGAGUUUUGGCUGUCGAAGCAACGCCAUAAUAGCAAAAAUAGACAUUAUGAGCACGAGGCUACUAAGGUGAGUUCAUCAAAUGAAUUUCUUGAUAUGCAACCUAAAGAUAAUCGAUAUUAGGUUAGUUUUUCUAAAUUAUCUGCAGGGAAUAACUUUAUGGGUGAAUUAACUAGGUAUCAUCGAAAAAAAGGAACACAACAUCUUUGCUCCUAAUUGCCUCACCAACGGAUUUAAGAUAUAGUCAGCAACGAACGAGACAGAAGCCUGUUUAAUCCUUCCAAGGGUCAUCGACUUACCAACUGUCAAAAUACUUAAUUAACGUGCUGAAACCUUUGAUUGACGAAUCUGGACAUAAGCCACAGUCGACUGAGAACUUUAUUGACGCCAUCAAGACAAAACAGAUACCUGACGAGCAAAAACUAGCGUCUUUUGAUGUGAAAUCAAUGUUCACCAGUAUUCCACUUCAACUGGCUACAGACUACAUUGACAACGCUACUACUGUUGAACUACCACUACCUACAGACGACAUCAUGGACCUACUCAACUUCUGCCUAACUUCGACGUACUUUCAGUACAACGGUAAACACUACAAACAGCUACCAGGACACAGCUAUGUUUUAGCAGAAUUUUUUGUGCAAAACACCGAGGAACAAGCCCCAGUUGCUACUUAUACGCGAACUAUACCUCUUUGGUUACGCUACGAUGACGACACUUUCACCGCCGUACAAGCAAAGACAAAAAAUACGAUUUCUACGAACACCUUAACAAACAUCACGCGGACAUGCAGUUUGGCACGAAGAUCCAGGAAAAUUGUAAAAUACCUGUUCUAGACUGCUUGUUCACUCGCGACAACAAAAUAAUACGGCUAGGAGGGAAAAUUUACAGAAAAGCGACACAUACCGACAGAUUCACUAGAUCGUAUGUCAUCGUGCAACCCGACCUCCCUCAAGGAUACAACUAUACGGACUUUGACGAGACCCGCGCAAUUAGUUUGCGAUUCGCCUGACAGCCUACAAGACAAGACUGACAACCUAAACAACGGUUUUACUAAAACAACUACAGCGAGGGCUUUGUCAGACGAAACGCUCACAGUAACACUGAUUCCAACACUCAGACCCACGUCAACUCUGGCCCUGUUACGACAGGGACUAUAUCGUACAUCAGAGGCACCUCUGAAAGUAUCGCACCUUAAUACUACAUAAUAACCUAACAACAUACGUGUUGCACACAAACUUAUAACCACUUUACGACAAGUUCAACUACCUUAAUUCUGUCGAAGACAAAGACAAACUGGAGGACAGACAGGGAGCAGUAUACACGAUCAAAUGCUGCGAUUGCCAGGCCACUUACAUCGGUGAAACCGGCAGAAAUCUUAGCACGCGACCGACCGAACACAAACAAACGACAAGAAAUGGUGAAGACAACAAUCACUUUGCUGAACACCAUUUACAGACCAAAAACUUCAAAUCGACUGUGACUCUGCGAUAUGUAUUACGUAUUCUGACUCACUUUAGAAAGUUCGUUUACUAACUCAGAAUAAACGCGACUGAAUCGUAGGAAACAGUUACCAGCACCGUGCAAACACAGACGAAUUGACAGACUCAAGCAAAACUAAUUACGAGAGAAUGAAUUGACAACCGACAAUUCGACUAACAAUAAACGACUGUUUAACUCUGACAAACAUGGCGACUUAAAUGACUAAGCAUAUCAAUAACCACAGUUUGAUAUCGUCAACUGACUAACUCACUUUGACUCUGAGGAUGACUACCACACAGGUUGUCGAAACGUCAGUCCCUCUCAACAACAGUCCUAUUCAGGACUACUUUCACCCGGACGAUCGUACUCAACCUACUUAUGAUAAGUCAUUCUGUGCAGUCAAUCCCGUUGAAAACUUAGUUUUCAUACGACCGAGAUAAACAGGUUUAAAGGAGGCUCACAUACAGUAUGCGGGUGUUCCAGAGUUUUAUCAAGCUAACUUUGUUGAUUCCAGGUUCUGAAGAAACUUAAAGGAUCACUUAAUCAUCAUCCGGUGUUUGAAGGUCGGCGACUUCACUUACUCGCUUAUUUUCAUCUCCUGCUCGGCAAGAAGGAGAAGUGCAAGGUCAUGUUACGGAAAUGUUGCAGUAAAAGCAAGAGCAUGGGUGCCUGGCUGGAAGUUGAAUGGGCCAAGAAAAAUGAGAAUGGUUGGUUCAGGGGCACCCUGGAGUCAGAGAAAGCUUACGAAGGGAAGUCCAUGUUCAGUCUUGCAAAACCGCAAAAGGCUGCUUAA